AAAAGAAAAAAUCACUCCCAUCUAAUCUUACCCGUCCAAUAAGUUCUCAAGUCUACUCCUUCAAGCCAGCACAAAAUUUCAGUCUCUAUUCAAAAACACUCUCAAUUUUAAUUGCAAACGCAAACAAUUAUUCCUUAGUUUGUCGAUCAUACAAAUAACCAGUUUAGAAUUCAUUUACUUCUAUUAAAGAAAAUAUACACAAUAUUGUAUACCAAAAAGAUAUGAUUUUCUUGAAAGAACCACCAUAUUAUCUAUUCUCUGCAAUUCUUUUUCUUUCACUACUCAUUUCUCAAGCUUCUUCUUCUCCAUUAUGCAAUCGGACAUGCGGCAAAAACCAUGUUUCUUACCCUUUCGGAUUCUCCUCAGCUUGCAAAAUCCAUUUAAAUUGCAGCCGAGACGGAAUUAUGUUUGUCAAUGAGUUUCCAAUCCAAUACAUUGACGAGCAAAACAUAAGAAUCGAUCUCGAACCCAAAUGCAACCGUCCGAUCCAGACCUUCACAUCUUUAUUCACGAAAAACUUCGCCCCGAUUUCGACAAACGCCAUUCUUUUACAUAACUGCUCCGCCGUAAAAGUUUUGCCCUGCAACAUACCUGCAAUUAGCGUACAAACUCAUUUUGAAUCGCUUAAUUGUUCGGCGUCGAAUAGUAGCAGUAUAAGUUGUCUUUUUAGUUUAGCCAAUGAUGGUUUUUUCGCUUAUCAGAAUUAUAGUGAUCAGCUUGGACAGUGUAAGUUCUUUUUGUCGUCAAUAUCGUCGGAGUCUACUGUGAAUGGUCUAGGUGUUUCGCUGGUUAUACAAGUGAUGGAUUUAGGGUGGUGGCUUCCGGGGGACUGCCAAUGUUCUGAUCAUUCCCAUUGUAUUUCGCUUCUUACUCCUCAGGGACCAGGAUAUCGGUGUAGCUGCAAAAAUGGAUUCACCGGAGAUGGUUAUGCCUCCCCUGGUGCCGGCUGCCAGAAAGAAUCUUGCAAUCUGAAAAAAUAUCUAUCUGGUCAAUGUGGUGGAGCAACUAGAAUUGUCGUUCUAAUUGGAGGUGUUAUUUCAGGAUCAGUUUUAAUGGUAGGUGCGGGCGUAGUUUACUGUUUGAUUCGAAGACGCUACUUUACAUCAAAAACCAAAAGUUUCAGAAAGCUGAGCAUAACACAAUCUGCCGGGAUUAACAUUCCCAUUUAUCCUUACAAAGAAAUCGAGAAAGCCACAAACAGUUUCUCCGAUAAACAAAGGCUCGGAACCGGCGCCUACGGAACAGUUUACGCCGGUAAACUCCACAAUGACUUAUGGGUCGCAAUUAAAAGAAUCAAACAUAGAGAUAUCGACGACAGUAUUGAGCAAGUCAUCAACGAAAUCAAACUCAUUUCAUCGGUGAAUCAUCCGAAUUUAGUUCAUCUUUUAGGCUGCUCAAUCGAAAAUGGCGAGCAAAUUCUCGUAUACGAAUUCAUGCCAAACGGAACAUUAUGUCAGCAUUUACAUAAAGAGAAAGGCGAAGGACUUGACUGGCCGAUUCGCCUAACGAUCGCUGCAGAAACUGCUCAAGCUAUAGCUUAUUUACACUCUGCAAUCGACCCACCGAUUUAUCAUAGAGAUGUAAAAUCAAGCAACAUACUUUUAGAUUACAAUUUCAGGUCAAAAGUUGCGGAUUUUGGUCUUUCUAGACUUGGCCGGGCUGAGAUUUCGCAUAUAUCAACUGCCCCGCAAGGAACUCCGGGUUAUCUCGAUCCUGAAUACCAUCAGAACUUUCAUCUUUCUGAUAAAAGUGAUGUGUACAGCUUUGGAGUAGUUGUUGUUGAAAUUAUAACAGCCUUAAAAGUGGUCGAUUUUUCGAGACCGCAUAAUGAAGUAAAUUUGGCAGCUCUGUCCGUUGACAGGAUUGGAAAAGGGAGAUUAGCUGAGAUUGUUGAUCCGUUUCUUGAUAUACAUAGCGAUGCUUGGGUUUUUUCUUCGGUGCAUAAAGUAGCAGAGUUAGCAUUUAGAUGUUUGUCGUUUGAUAAAGAUAUGAGACCUUCGAUGACGGAAGUUGCAGCUGAAUUAGAACGGAUAAGAUUAAGUAGAUGGUCUCCUUCUGAAGAAAUUACUUGCAGAGGUUCAUCGGUGGAAUCUUCAUGCUCUUCUUCUUCUACUACAUCUAAUAUCAGUGGUAACAAAGUUGAAGAGGGAAAUUUAAAUCUGUUAUUGUAGUUCGGUGAUUUGAAGUGCUUUGGCUUGAGAUAUUUCGAUUUACUUCAUUUUUAGUGUGAAUAUUUCCAAGUAAACUUUUGCAUUUGAAAUUUAUUUUUUGAAUC